UAGCAGGCAGCAUAUAAAAGGGAGACGGCCCUGGAGUUCACCACAGCAGUAGCAGCAAGCAGAGGAGCAGGCUUCCAGAAGUCCAGCACUCCAGGUCCACCUGCCCAAGACAAGCCAGCUUUUGGGUGGCCCCGGAAUGGGGGUCGUGUCCAGAGCAGCCGCGAUCUUGGCCUGUUUGGCCUUAGCUUCUGCUGCCUCCGAGGGAGGCUUCGAGCCUGCAGGACAGAGGGAAUUGAGGCCAGUGCAUUUCACUCAGCGCUUUGAAGAAGUGGGCUAUGCAGCACCCCCAGCCCCACCCCGGACCAGGACCCGAGGCUUCCCCAUGGGUCACCAGGACCAGGAUGCUUCUCAGUACGACCCUCCCUUUGAGGGACAGGCGGAAGUGAACAUGGCCCCUGGCCCCCAGGAAGCGAUCCCCCUGCAAGAAGAGCUGCCCCCUCUUCGGCGCCCUGAUGGAAAGAAAGUGGAUGGCCCUGUCCCUCAGGAAGAGGUCUCCGUCCAGGAAGAGGUGGCCCCUCCCCGGCGCCCUACUGAAUGGGAAGAAAGGGGCUCACCCUUCACACACCAGGAGAAAAUCGUCCGGGCCAGGCAGACGGAGGAAAAGCCAGGUCCCCUCACUGGUCAGGGCCCUGUGGAUCCUCAGUCCUGGAACUCAGCCCAGCACUGCCAACAAGGCCGAUUCCGAGGGGGCUGGGGCUACCGGCUGGAUGGCUUCCCCCCGGGCCGGCCUUCAGAAGCCAAUCUGAAGCAGAUCUGCCUCCCCAACCGGCAACACGUGGUGUACGGCCCUUGGAACCUGCCCCAGUCUGGCUACUCCCACCUCAGCCGCCAGGGAGAGACCCUCAAUUUUCUGGAGACUGGCUAUUCCCGAUGCUGCCGCUGCCAGAGUGCCACACAGCGCCUGGAGUGUGCAAAACUUGUGUGGGAGGACUCAAUGACCCGGUUCUGUGAGGCCGAGUUCUCGGUCAAGACCCGACCACACUUGUGCUGCAAGCGGCAGGGGGAGGCCCGGUUCUCCUGCUUCCAGGAGGGAGCUCCUCAGCCACACUACCAGCUCCCAGCCUGCCCCAGCCACCAGCCUGCUGUUUCCAUGGGCCUGGAGGUGCCCUUUCCCCCUGGGCUGCCCACACUGGACAAUGUCAAGAACAUCUGCCAUCUGAGACGCUUGCGAGCUGUGCCACGCAACCUCCCAGCCACUGACCCCAUCCAAAGACAGCUGCACGCUCUGACGCAGCUGGAGGUCGAGUUCCAGCACUGCUGCCUCCAGGGGAACAACCACACCUGUACUCAGAAGGCCUGGGAGGACACCCUGGAUGGCUACUGUGACCGGGAGCAGGCCAUAAAGACCCACCAGCACUCAUGUUGCCACUACCCACCCAGCCCCGCCCGUGAUGAGUGCUUUGCCAGGCGGGCUCCCUUCCCCAACUAUGACCGGGACAUCUUGACCCUCGACCUCAGCCGUGUCACCCCCAACCUCAUGGGCCAUCUCUGUGGAAACCAAAAAGUUAUCACCAAACAUAAACAGAUCCUUGGGCUGAUCUGGAACAUGACUGCCCGCUGCUGUGAGCUGCCAUUUCCGGAGCAGGCCUGCUGUGCUGAGGAGGAGAAAUCAGCCUUCAUUGAAGAUCUCUGUGGUCCGAGACGGUACUUCUGGAGAGAUUCUGCCUUCUGCUGUGACCUGAGGCCUGGGGAUGAACAGACCAACUGCUUCAACAUCAAUUAUCUGAGGAAUGUGGCCCUAGUGGCUGGAGACACUGGGGAGGCCAGGGGAGAACAGGGCCCAACCCGGGGAGCAAAUGUCAGCCCUGCCUUUGAGUCCAAGGAAGAAUGAGUCACUGCAGAGCCUUGGAGGAUCGACUGGGGAGCCCCACCCCAACCCACCCUGCUUGAACUUAUUACAGUAAACACCUCCUGGAUCUGCCGACCUCAUUGUCUGUCACACACAAACACACCCUCCUGAGCCUUCGGAUUUCCCUCAGUGAGGACCCAGGCCCAGGCCCUGCCCGUAGCCUGAAGACCAUUCCCCCAGCUAAGCAGAGUACCUUCACCACUGCCAUCCUGAACCUGUUCACAUGUCAGGAGGAGUGCCGCCUUGGUGAAAAAAUAUAUCUUUGAUGAGCCCAAAAAAU